AUGACUAACCCUGAACAUCGUUCGCCAAGCCCCGAAUUCACUGACGCCGUCAAGCUCCCCUGGGUGGCCAGCUAUGAUUCUUUUGAGCAGACGAGUGGCUUUCACGUCGGAGACAAGGUGCACCUUCGCAACUCCAACGGAACUUUAUCGGGCCCUUAUCUGAUUGCCACGCUUCCAGCCCCUGGAAAGUGCACUCUGAGCUUCGAGAAUGGGCAGCCUGUGGGUAACGGCGAGAUCGACACCAUGUCCGCAGACACUGCACCAAUCACGCACUACGCACUCUUGGUUGGGAUCGCCUGUUACCCGGGGGAUCAAUCUCUCAAAGGUUAUGUAAAUGAUGUCCAGGAAUUGGAAAAGUGUUUACGAAAGGAUCGAAAAAAUCUCGAUAUCAAAACACUUACCGCAACCCCUGCCGCCCCAACAAGCCCCGUCGCCCCAGCACGCCCCGUCACCCAAGAGUCAUGCUAUCCCACUGAAGAUGAAGCCUUUUUACCUACUUACGACAACGUCUGGUUAAAUCUCAACAGCAUAAUAUCGCGAGCAUCAUCUGGUGAUUUUGUCUACAUACACUUUUCUGGACAUGGCACUAAAGGCAAGCCUGGUAUCCAUUAUCUUCACGGCCAAGGAUUGGGCGUCUUGUUGAAAGCCGCUGUCGAUAAGGGCCUCAAACUCACUCUUGUGCUGGACUGUUGCUAUUCUGGAAGCGUGGUCCGCAACGAUGAGGUUUCUCGCUGCCUCCCAUACGACUCGGAGGUGGACAAGAAAUAUCCCCCGUUCCAGUGGCCAGCUGCUCUCACAGCUGAUUCUGCAGUUUCUUAUCCGACCAAACGUGGCGCUUCAAUGGGUAUAAACUGGCUCAUCAAUCCCACCGAAUACACUGUAUUUGCUGCAUGCGGUCCGUCAGAGCCGUCAGGGGAGAUCAAGAUCAAGGGCAAGCAUCACGGGAUCUUGUCCUGGUUCCUUAUUAGGGCAUUUGGCAAGAUGGGCCGUGUGGGAGGAAGACCGCACCACAUCUACGCCCACCUAUGCGCCAGGUUUCGAGAGAGAAAGCCGCCUGACCAGAAACCUAUGCUCUAUGGCAGCAAACGUCUUGGGUUCUUUGAAGACUUGACCGCCGAGUUGUAUGCGGUGCCUAUCCCAAUCAUCAAAGAUGGCCCACUCCUGCUUUUAGACGCUGGUGAGGCACAUGGAGUUUGUGAAGGAGACAAGUUUGGUCUAUGUUCUGUUGAUGAUGACCAGUCAGAAGACGCCACACAAAAGAAGGAGAUCUUUGAGGUGACAAACGUUCGACCACUCGUAUCCGAGUUGAGCGCCGUGUCUCCAAGAACACUCAGCCACUCACCACUCCGAAAGUACCCCGUCAGACUUCAGGUCCCAUCACAGAGCAACCACGCUUGGAGAACAGCUAUUCAGGAACGACCAUCCUUAUAUGUGACCAUGGGAGAUACAACGCCUAGCGACCUGUUCACACUCCACGUCAGGGUCAUUUCCAAGGAGGCUUAUGAAAUCCGGGAUGCGUCGAACAACCUACUAGCAAACUUGCCGCCUCCUAUUUCGGAUCUUGAAGAGGAUCCGUCAUUUCUCAUGGACAUUAUCGAGCAUCUGGUCAGGUAUGAAAUGGUGAAGAAUCUCUCGAACAAAUCUCCCUCACAGAAUUUCAUCGAGUCAUUCCACGUCCAGCUUUGCGACGAGACGUCAGGAAAAACCUUUCUUCCAGGAUGUUUGCACAAUGGACUCUUACACCCGCCUUGCUCCCACCCAGAGUGUGUAGUAAAGAUAGAGGAGGACGCGGAGCUAUGCUUAAUGGUGAGAAAUGAAGGGGGAAAGGGCCAAAACCUGUCUCUCCAUGUUUUCAACCUAGACGCCUUCUGGGAAGUCGAAAACAUGCUCAGAGGAGACCACCAUGUUCUUCCGCCACCCCUGACCAACACCAGUGUUAAAGACUUCCCCUCUGGGACUGACGGCGAGUGGAGAAAGACGAUGGAAAUGACAAUUCCGCAAGAACUGAAGGACAGGGGGGAAACUCAGUGCGAAGAUAUUAUCAAGGUCUUUGUAACGCGCCAGCCUACCUCAUUCAUGUGUCUCGAACUCCCUCCGAUUGGGGAUAUCUGUGGCAGGCGCAAGGCUAAGAGUAGCCGAGGAGGGUCUCAACAUUAUGAAUCUGAUGACUGGGCGGUGCUGAAUUUCCGGAUCCGUACCGUGGCUAAAUAGAGAGAACUGAGCUCAAUGUUUGCAUAUCAUCAACUAAAUACACUCUCUUGUAACAGAAAGUGACUAGUCAG